UCGAACUUGGGUCACCUCGUAGUCUCUGGCUUCCACUAUCCCGACGGCCAUCCAAGGAAAUAACGACAAAGCGGUAGUUAUGCUAGUGCUAUCGUAGACGAGUGCGCGAGUGGAAGUGACAUGGUCGACAAAGUGACGACGUCUGUGUGACAAGCGCUAACCAUUCUUUGGGACAUAUAUUGCAAGAAAUGAAGGGCUUCCUGGAUGUGUUCUAAGGAACGAGUGGAGUGGAAAGGUCAGUAGGAUGUGCCGUGCAGCAAGACGACACGGGAAGGCGUUACCCGCGGCCAGACCCCCUCUAGGCCCCGCCCACCCUCCAGCAAUAACGCUCCGGGGAGAGUAAUGGUGGCGUACCUUUUUUAUAUGUAUAUAACGGCUACAUCGAAGCAAGAAGAAGGCUAACGCCAGAGGCGGUGCCACUUUUGCGGCAGCGACGCGUCAAUACUGCCCGUUACUCCACCCUCCCUGCGGCGGUCACGUGACCCGGUGCACUGCGGAAGCGGGCAUCUUCUCCCCUGCCCGAGGGCAAAAACUGCCGCGAGGGUGUCGCCAAGACACGCAGGUUCACGAUUGUCCUCACGUCCAAGUCCCAAGUAUAUUCCAGGGACGUCAAUCCUGGGCCGGUGGCGUCCGUCACCGCGACUUUGUGUGACGUCAGCUUCGAGUGAACGGAGGUGUUUCCACGUCAAGGUCGACUUGGAUUGGGUGUUUCAGUCAUUUGGGCCAAGGUUCGAUAGGGUUGAAUUUACAAGGACCAAAAAAAGGUCCUCUGGAGGUCAAUCUUGGAACAAUAUUAUCGUCUGUAUAGUCAUGGCGCUGGGAGGUGCUUCAAGGGGACACGGACAGGAGACGCGGGUGUAGCUAGUGGUGCUCGUGGGAGUGUCGAAACUACAAAAGAUACCAGGUCUUCGACAUCGGCCCACGCGUAAAGCACACGCAUGAGCUGAAGUGACACCAUCUGGCAAGGGAGUUCUGCCGGAAUGGAAUGGUACUAGAAUACAAGUCGUACCUCGACGUCCUGCAAUAGACCCCCCAGUGGUCAAAUCCGACCCCAGGAAAGAGACUGCGCACUCUUGAGCCACCCAGGAUGAACUUCAUAAGAUGUCAGUGAACAUUGUACAGCCCAUAUGUCCGCCGCGAGUGGUUCGGACGUGCCCUUGGACAUCGUGAACUUCUCUGGAAAAACCUGAAGAACCUGUGUUCGAAAAGACAAGGUGUGACUCCUUGACUAUGUGUACUCUAACGACCUGAACCUGUACCGGAACCAGGAACGGAUUGAAGAGCUCUAGGCGGGUGUCGAGAUGUCGUUCCUGGCAUUGGAUUCAUGCUCGUGGCAGGCAACGUGUGCCUUGAAGGCAUCCAAUUUCGAGGCGGGCAAACUGUUCUGGGACGGUCUGCACAAUCCCUUUGGAACGCAGGGCUCCGCUCCUGCUGGAGACACGGGCUCCAACAAGGGCGUCUCUGCACAGUACGGCUCUUCUGCACACGCGGAGCGGCGCGAUCUGGUGAGCAGCCACGCAGCGGCCGGUCUGGGGCCCAUCGCGGGGCUCAACUCCGGCGGCGGGCCGGGGGCUGGCGGAGGAACGCCAUUUUCGAGUGGACCCCGGCUCACCCCGACGUCGGCGGACUUCCAACCCCCUUACUUCCCCCCGCCCUACAACCUUCCUCCACCUCCGCCACACCAGCAACAACUGGACUUCCACGACCCUUACGGCGCCGCUCAUCAUCUCAACAGUCUCACUUCCGGGGGUGGUCCUGGGGGACCUCAACAGUAUCACCAACUGCAUCCGGCGGCGGGGGGACACAGGGGGGUCACGGGGGGCGUGCUCGGAGGACGUAGGGCGGACGAGGAGCUUCUACCGCAGGGAAUGCACCUAGGAUACGGAGGCGACGGAGGCGGAGGUCGUAGGACCGAGGCGGCAGCGGCGGCGUAUUCCCGUGGCGGAUCGCGGGGAGACAUCCUGGUACAUCAUCACCUGACGGAGCAGGACCUGUUGGGCCUCCACGGAGCGGCUGCAGGACUGCCGCCUCCGCAGGAUGGACAAGUGAGCCCCUGCUCCUCCGGAGACGCCGACUUGUUUGAGGCUGGCAGCGUGGAUGACGCCACCCUUUUCGGUGCUGACCACAAUAGUGUCAUACGAAAAGGGCUGAAGUCUCGUCAUGGCAGCGAGAAUCACAAGGAGUUGGUGUUGACCGGUGUGACGUCACCAACAGACGUCUUCUGCUCCGUGCCCGGCCGGCUGUCGCUGCUCAGUUCCACGUCCAAGUACAAGGUCACCGUAGGCGAGGUCCAACGGAGACUCUCGCCUCCGGAGUGCCUCAACGCCUCCCUCCUCGGAGGGGUCCUAAGGAGGGCGAAAUCUAAGAACGGCGGUCGUUCCCUACGGGAGAAACUGGAGAAGAUCGGCCUGAACCUUCCGGCAGGUCGACGGAAGGCUGCAAAUGUUACGCUGCUCACAUCUCUCGUUGAAGGAGAGGCAAUACAUUUGGCACGCGACUUUGGGUACGUGUGCGAGACAGAGUUCCCAUCGCGGCAGGUGGCGGAGUACCUCUGCCGGAACCACGCGGAUCCCUCUGACUUGUACAGACGCAAAGAAUUGCUCAUGGCCACAAAGGGUAUGGUAAAGGAGUUCGUGGACCUUCUCAACCAGGACCGAUCCCCACUGUGCAAUACACGGCCACAGAACAUCCUAGAACCGAACAUCCAGCGCCACCUAACGCACUUCUCGCUCAUCACGCACGGCUUUGGCAGUCCAGCCAUCGUGGCCGCGCUCACCGCUGUACAGAACUUUCUCAACGAGUCACUCAAGUACUUGGAAAAGCAGCUCACAAAUUACCCGAACGCGUCGCAUCUGGGACCUGUCGAUCCCAAGAAGGAAGACUCGAAGAAAUAGGCCACUCCUUCUCUGCCCAAUGCACAGAUGGCGCUUCCUUCACGUCUCACGAAGAAAAGUCAUCGCUAUUGUGACACUAGGGGGGGACACUGGUUGUGAAAAUAAGAUUUCUCUGCCUGGUGAACUGUGGCAGACUUUGGUGUGCUCAAUGGCAGACGGAAAGAACGGACAUUGACCUAUUCUUCUGCCUUCCUUCUACGCGUUCUCGGUGUGUGUCGCUGCUGGCGCAGAAGGUUCAUCAGUAUUUGCAUAGGGAGUCCUCUUUUAUUUUUAUUUUUUCCUUUCUCCCGCAGUAUUUUUUUUCUGCUCAGUUGCCAUAAAAGUUAUGUGGACAUAUAUACAAGACCGAUUCAGGGAACCUGAGUCGUCUUGAGUGAAUAUAACAACAGCUCAAGAGUUGCCAAAGCGAGCUUAGCUUGCCUGUUUAUUUUUUUUUUUUUUCAAUUUCCCUCGUCUCCUUUUUUUUUUUUUUUUUAUCACGUGACAAUGUUGAUGCCCCGAGAAGGAUUUCAUCGGCACACAUCACCACCAGUUGGAAAUAAUACUCAGAAAAGUGCGCACGAAGGGUGCGUGUAUUUUUUGAAACUUGUCGUGUGGGAAUGUGCACUUUUAUCUUUUUUAAAUUUUAUUUCCAGCGUCAUUGCUCAUUUACGUUCCUUUUUACUCGAGGUGAAAGUUACGACAUACAUACAUAUAUAUGUGUAUAUAUAUAUAUAUAUGUUGUAAAGAAAAACGAGAAACGAGCUCCAUUUUUUCGACUUCAUCCUUAUUACUCGGGUAGACCAUGUAUGUAGGAAAUGACUUUUAUGCAGGAUGUGCUAGAAGAUGAACUUUUGACGUAUUUAUGCGCUAGCCAGGAUGAACAUCAAACAGGAAGGCAUUUGAAAUGUGUUGCUCUCCCACAUUGCAGAGAGUCUCUUAUUACACUGAGCAAUAAUGAAUAGCAACAUCAUCUUCCCUUCACCCAGACUGUACAUUUUUGUAAUUUUUUUAGAAGCCCCUCUCCCUUGUCAUCUGCACAAAGUUGAGUUUGUAAGAAAGCCUUAUAUGCUGCCUGUGUAGAGAUGGCAAAAAACCUUAUGCAGUAUUUAUAAAUCACCCCCUUUCUUCCAUGCAGUGCUAUGAAUCGACAAACUCUCUCCCCCCCCUAUUAAGGGCGAAUGAUGUGCUUGCAAUGCUGCGUGGGUGUGCACUUUCAUGAAUAUUGCUCAGAUUGUAGCAGAUAUGAAGAUGAGAAUUGCAUGGACAUGGCUCAUAGUGCAUUUGUUGUUCCACGUAGUGCCACGGCUUGAGCAAUUUGCAUGGAACUGCAGGCGUACAUCCGCCAUCACGCUUAACGAGAACGGCUGGCCGCGUGGCUCACGCAGACGCAACGCCGUAAACGCAGCGGGUAACGCUCCAUCGUGGGCCACGCUGUCGCAAAUUCUAGUUAAGUCUGGGGGCUUACUGUACGCCGUGCGCGUCGCUCUGUUCUUCAUGCUUUAUGUUGUUCCCUCGAGCACUGGAAUUGUUUUUGGGCCACAUAUUUAUUUACAGUCCAUUUCCUUUUUAAUGUCUCUACCCAUUCAUGCAUCAGCAAGAUAGUGUUUCUAAGCUGCACAUUCGUCUUAAUUCCAGGUGCAAUAAUUUAUGUGUACGAAGAAAAAGAAGUGUCUAUACUUACAGGUCAAAUGUUUUUUUUUGUUUUUGUUUUUUUUGUGUGUGUCGGUGCAAGCAUGCAUUUUUCUCAUCUAUGUUACCUACCUCACGGCCGUCCGAAAAUCAUUUCUGUGUUCAUUCUUUUUCUUCUUCUUUCCGAGGAAUACGCUGAUCCAUAUUAGACGAGAAGAAAUGUGUAACGUUACGGAUUGUGGUAGGGCCUCCAUCCAAAGGGCGUUUCUUUGUGACAGCAGCUGCAGACGCCUGCAAGUACUGGUGUUGUUGCUAGUAACGAAAUACUCAAGAAGCUCAUUAAAAUGUCUUGCCAUUUUCU